GGGGCAAACAACGGAAACUCCAAAGUCAUAUGAUCGAUUUGUAAUUCGCACGGAAUACAGCAUUCUUCGUUCGUUGCAAAGAUGGCCAGUCAAACGCAAGGUAUUCAGCAACUUUUAACAGCUGAAAAAAGAGCUGCAGAGAAAGUUUCGGAAGCUAGAAAACGUAAGGCACGUCGGUUGAAGCAAGCAAAAGAAGAAGCUCAAGAUGAGAUUGAAAAAUACAGGCAAGAACGAGAAAAGCAAUUCCGUGAAUUCGAAGCUAAGCAUAUGGGAUCAAAAGAGGACGUAGCAGCUUGUAUAGAAGCUGAUACGAAAGUAAAAAUUGAAGAAAUGAAUAAAGCUGUGUCAAUGCACAAAAAUGCUGUAAUGCUUAAAAUCUUGGAGUUGGUGUAUGACAUUAAACCACAAUUACACAAGAAUUACCGUAUCGAAGUUUAAACACGAAAAAAUAUAUCAGUUAAUUAUAAAUAUUGCAUCCGAUGCUAUGAAUGUACAUUAAGUAAUUUCCUUGAUUGUAUCUUUAAACGUAUCUUUCACCGUUAUGUUGUACUAUUAUCGCAAAUAGCGUGUAUAUUUUCAUCUUAGAUGGUGGUAUUUGAAUCAUUAGAACCUUGAUUUGCAAUUACUACACGACAAUAAAUGUAAUUGUAUCUAUAUCGAACGUUUACCACCAUGUUGGAAAGGUUAAAAAUCACUGUAGUUAAAUUACAAUCGUAAUAUAGACGUCAUACAAAUUGCAGUCAUUGUGAUAUAUCAAGGCCUAGAUAUAUUAGAAUGACGAGUGAAACAUUAGAUUAAGGUGGUGGCAAGAAAGUAUACAUCAUUGAACACACGAUGUUAGAUGUCAUUCCAUAAUUCUGCUACAUCGAGUGCAUACAAUGCGCUUAAAAAGUAUUGUACAGCCUCCCGAGAAUGACGGUUCGGGUUUAACAUUAGCCGAAUUUAACGUGAUUCUUGCGACGAUGUACACUACACGUACUAUUUGUUUUGUUUGAAAUUUUUAAACAUUGUUAAGUUAUAGGAAAGAAAAUUAUACCUCACGUGUACACCCUGCAUCUGUAAGCUGUUUCAUCUGUACAGUAUUAAUGUUCAAAAAUAAAAACAUUUAAGGUUUA